GGCAGAGGAGCCUGUCCUCCCAGGAAGGCCGCACAGCGGGAGGACAGGAAGCAGCAGGGCCCUUGGGGGUGCCCACGUGCCCAGGGAGAGCUUGGCGAAGACAGGCCUGCAGCACAAAGGCCAGCAGGGCGUGGGGCUGCCCAUCUGCUCCUGCCUAGGCUGGCCGCAGGCGUGAAUUCCGGGAGCUGUCCGCAGCGCGGCCAGGACUUGGGCUGCCUCCAAGGCCGGCCAGGCUGCCAGCUGCCCUCCAGCAGGUGUCCGGGAGGUGGGGGCGGGCAAGAUGGGCCAGGUGCUCCUCAGCCCGAGGUCUUCUCGCUGGACCCCAGGCCUGUACCUUGAGGGCGCAAAGAGCCCUCACUGCGCACCCAGCUCAGCCCCAAGCAGGAGCCAGCGCGCCACGCAGGUCCCCGGCCCAUCGCGCGGUCCCUUUAAGUGCAGUCCCGCCGGCCGCCAUCGGGGGCAGCACCGAGCGGCCCGGCAGCCUCACGCCGCUGCCUCGAAGCUUCUGCCGGUGCCGGGGCCGCGGCGGCGCGGGGGACGGCGGAGCGCGCGCGGGCCUGCGCAGAUCGCCGGGCGCGGUGCGGGAGCACCGCCCAGCAGAAAGUGGCCCAGAAAGGAUGGUGUGGAGGAGGGGGCAGGACCCGAGUGGCUGGACAGCUGGGCGCCCCCUGCAGGUGCCUGGGACGCCGGCAUGGAACACAGGCCUGUGGCCGCAGGCCUUGGCUGCCUCCCGGGCCGUGCCCCAGGGCGAAAGCCCCGAAAGGCCGAGUGAGCUGACGCCUGGAGACUUCUUUUAAGAUGACCCGCACCGACCCGCCGGAUCUGCUGGUGUCGACCGUGUACCAGGACAUCAAGGUGGCGGCCCCGGGGCCCGUGUCGAGGCCCCCGCCAUGUGAGGGCCCCAUGGCCCGGCCUGCAGCGCCCGCGCCUUUCAAUAAGCGCCACUGUCGAAGCUUCGAUUUCCUGGAGGCGCUGGACGGGGUGGCCAUGGAGGCCCGCCCGGAGGCGCCCCCCGCGGAGCCCGCCGCGCCGCGCGCACGAUCCCGCGACGGCGAGACCCGGCGCCGCGCCCGCUCCAAGAGCGCCCCCCGCGCGCCCCCGAGCCUGGCGCCCGCGCCCGCCUCACCACCCGUGCUGCCGCGCCGAGGCCGAGAAGCGCAGCGAACGGCGCGGGCCGACGCGUCGCCCCGCCGGGAGCCCGCGUACCCCGCGCUGCGCGCGCUCGCCAACGAGCUGCACCCCAUCAAGUUACAGCCGCAGCGGGGCGGCCCUGGCCGCAUCGCGCCCCUCUGUGCUGCAGCCAACCGCUGCGCGCCAGCCGAGCCACCCGCGGGGCCCGCCCCCCACGUCCGCUGCCGCCUGGACAUCAAGCCGGACGAAACGGUGCUGCAGCACGCCGCCCGGGGCUCACGGCCCUGCGGGCCCCCCGAGACCGCGCCCUGGCCCCGCGCCGCCCCGCAGCUCCACGGCCUCACGGUGCCCGGGCCUCGCCACGUGGCCCUCUCCCGCACCCCCACCCCCAGUGACUCGUACUGCACCGACCCCCGGGCGCUAUACUGCGACGGGCCGCUCCCUGGGCCCCGGGACUACGCGGAGCGCCGGAGUGAACCCUUUACCACCCCGCCGGGGCCCACCCAGUUCUUCUACACGGAGGAACCCGAGGGCCGCCCUGGGGGCUUCAUGGCCAGCUCUGGCCCGCCCUUCGACGGCUACUAUCCCAGGCCCUUUCUGCCCGAAGAGCCCCCAGGGCCCAGUCCAAGAAGCGGGAGCGGCUACUACGCGGGGGAAGUUCGCACCUUCCCGGUCCAGGAACCACCCUCCCGCUCCUACUACGGGGAGGCCCCCCGCGCCUACGGCCCGCCCUGCGGCCCGCGUUAUGCCCCGGAGGAGCCUCGAGCCCGCCCCGCCGCCCGCGCGUUUUACACUGAGGACUUCGGGCGGUACCGCAAUCGAGAAGCCCUGACGCGGACUUACCCACACCCGCGAGGCAGCCCGGCCUGGGGCGACUGGGGCCCGCGGCCUUACCGCACCCUGCAGGUGGCGCCCCCGCCGGACCCCGGCCCGCUGCUCGCCUCCUGGCAUGGCGGCACGGGCACCAGUCCACCCCGGCUAGCGACCGACAGCCGCCACUACUCGCGCUCCUGGGACAACAUCCUGGCACCAGGGCCGCGCCGCGAAGACCCCUUGGGCCGUGGCCGUAGCUACGAGAACCUGCUGGGCCACGAAGCGCGGGAGCCGCGGGGCACGUCCCCCGAAGGCAGGCGCCCGCCUGUCGUCGUGAACCUGUCCACCUCGCCCCGACGCUACGCGGCGCUGUCCUUGUCCGAGACGUCACUGUCCGAGAAGGGCCGUGUGGGGGAGGGCCCCGGCCGAAACUGGUACGUAACACCGGAGAUCACCAUCACCGACAACGACCUGCGCGCCGCCGAGCGUCCGGCCGCCAGGAGCUGGGAGAUGCCGGGGAGCCGCCCCCGCCAGUCUCAGCCUGCAGCCCCCGACGGCCCCGCCUCUGGCCGCCAGCGCAGCCUCGAACAGCUGGACGAGCUCAUCACUGACCUGGUCAUCGAUUCGCGGUCCCCAGCCGGCCAGGCGCUCGAGCCCGCGUCCGACGGCCUGGGCCGCCAGCUACGGCGCCUGCUCGACUCGCGGCCCUCGGGGCCCGGGGGCCCGGCGCCUGCGCCGCGCUCGCCACCUGCGUCCGCAGGUAGCGCCGAAGAGCCCGCGGGACAGGGGCAGGCGGCCGACGCCUCCCCUGAGCCCAGCGCCGACGAGGACGACCUGAUGACGUGCUCCAACGCGCGCUGCGGGCGCACCGAGACCAUGUUCAACGCCUGCCUUUACUUCAAGUCCUGCCACAGCUGCUACACCUACUACUGCUCGCGCCUGUGCCGCCGCGAGGACUGGGACGCGCACAAGGCGCGCUGCGUGUACGGCCGCGUGGGCAGCGUGUGCCGCCACGUGCUGCAGUUCUGCCGCGACAGCGGCCCGGUGCACCGCGCCUUCUCGCGCAUCGCGCGCGUCGGCUUCUUGUCCCGCGGCCGCGGGGUGCUCUUCCUGGGCUUCCCGAGCCCCGGCUCCGCGGACAACUUCCUGCGCUUCGGCCUCGAGGGGCUGCUGCUGUCGCCCACCUACCUGUCGCUGCGCGAGCUGGCCACGCACGCGGCCCCACUGGGCAGCUAUGCUCGGGAGCUGGCGGCCGCCGGGCGCCUCUACGAACCAGCCGAGUGCUUCCUGCUCAGCGUGUCGGUGGCUGUCGGCCCCGGGGCCACCCCGCCCGGCGCCCCUGCCCGGCCAGCGCCCGCGCCUCGCAGCCCGGGACCCACGGUGCGCAAGUUCGCCAAAGUGGCGCUGGCGGCCGGCAGCCCAGCACGGCCGCCCCCCGCGCGGGGCCGCGAACCCGACAUGGAGACGCUGAUCCUGACGCCGCCGCCCGGCACUGCGGGCCUAGACCAGGACGGCGAGGCGGGCCGGCGAGCACGCGAGGUGGCCUUCAUUCACAUUCAGCGAGAGCUGCGGCUGCGCGGCGUCUUCCUGCGCCACGAGUUCCCGCGCGUCUACGAGCAGCUCUGCGAGUUUGUGGAAGCCAACCGGCGCUUCACGCCCACCACCAUCUACCCCACGGACCGGCGCACCGGCCGCCCCUUCAUGUGCAUGAUCAUGGCUGCGUCCGAGCCGCGCGCGCUCGACUGGGUGGCCAGCGCGAACCUCUUGGACGACAUCAUGUGAGCCACGCUGGAGCGUCCACCCAGGGCCCACCCUGAACCCCAUCAGGUCCACCCAAGCCCCACCCGGUCCACCAGGCCCCGCCCACAUCGCCGCAAGCCCCGCCCCGUCGCGGUCUGCCGAAGCGCCGCCUUUCCCCUUUUUCCGGCCACAACCCUCCCAGUCCCGCCGGGCUCCCUCUCUCCCAGUUCGCCCUCGGGGCUCCCUAGAGGCAGGUCCUCGGCCGCUCGGUGCUCCCCGCUGGGAGGCGGGGUGGGUCUGAGGACCAGCCCGCCCUGCCUUUGCGCGGAGGGGUCACUACUGCAGACCCGACCGCGCGUAUGCGACUCAUCCCUCCCCAUCUGCAGGGCCUCCCUGGAGCCUCUCCAACCGUGGCUCGCCGUGGUCCAGGAGCCCGAGUUGACCAAAGCCUAGUCCUGUCCUUUUAAACACCCCCCGACACCCGCUUCCUGUGGUCUGGGAUGCACCCUGCUCAGAGGCUUUUCCUCUCUAGAGGACAGACACGCUAAUUGGUCUCGGUGUGUCCGCAUCCCGAGCACUUCCUGGCCUAGUCGGCAGGCAGGGCCGGCGGGGACCUGCGUGGGGCCCUCGCCCCUACUGGGUCGGACCUCGAUACACUGACGGCGCUGCACGCCCUGCCGCAGGGGUUGGGGAAAGCAGCAGUGAAGGGGUACUAGGGGUGGGGGGGGGGAUCCUCAACCAAGGCACAAGACACCUAGCCAGAGGGAGAAGGUCCUGGGCCCGGGAAGCAGAGGGGAGGGGCGCUGGCCAGAGCUCAGACCCGGCAGGGCGUGGGUUGGGCUGCCUGCUCCCACCUGGUUGAUGGCCCCAGGCGUGCGCCAGAGCAGCCCUAACCUCACAGGCGGGAGCAGGUGCAGAGGCUGGGUGAACGCGAGCGGCCCAGGAGGCCUCCAGCUGGGACCCUAUCAGUAGUCCUAGUGAGGACCGAGGAGGAGGUUCGUCCCGUCUGGAGCAGGGGCGGGAGCGAGCUACUUCCACAGGGCGGCGUGAAGGGCGCAACUGCCCGCGCUCUAGCUCGCUCUGGCCCCGCCUCGUGGUGCGGGCUGGACGCUCGAGGCUGGAGUGCACGGUCCAGUCCGUUAUCUCCGCUCUCGUCGGGGGCUGCCCGCUGGCCCUGGCCCUAGAGGGCGAGGCCCGGCGCCCAGAAGGGCCCUCCUGAAGCCCCAGGCCCCCGUCAGGGCCAGGUGGUGGGAGAUAUCGAUUCAAUUAAAUUGUGGGGCCCCACCUCCCACCUCCGAUCGCUGCCCUCACCCCCGCCCGCGCACCCGCACCCAUCUCCUCUCGUUCCUUCUCCACCUGCCUGCGCGCCUGCCUCGGCUCCGCGCAUUCGCACCGGCCACGCGCCCCGCUUAGCCCCUCCCGCCUUCGCGGCCUCACAAACUGGCCGCGGCGCCCCCUGCCCAGGGGCCUCCGCCUUCGGCCCUACGCGCCGCCCAGGAAGGACCCUGGACUGGGGUUACUUCCAGAGGGGGAGCGCUUUCGAACCAAGGAAAAUAUAACUCGAAUGUAGCCA